AUGGAACGUCUUCAAGGCUUGAAAGAUGUGUGCCUAUCAGGUGGUGCCGACGGCGCUGACAUAGAAUGGGGAUUAUGUGCCGCCUCGACAGGACACACGGUCAUUCAUUGGAGUUUCGCCGGACAUCCAAGCCAGGCCCCUGAGGACCAAAUCGUUCGACUUGACGAUGAGCAACUAAAGAUCGCAAACGAUGCCGUCAGCAACGCAGCUGCCGCUCUUGGCAAAGUCCCCCCGCGGCACCGCAAAGUGUCGUGUUUCUUACAACGCAAUUAUUAUCAGGUCGCAUGGAGCGAGGCCUGCUACGCGGUUACUGUCAUUAGAGAAGACGCACCGCCGGGUGGAACAGCGUGGGCGACAACAAUGUUUGCUCAAUUGCACCCCGAGAAUCGGAAUCUGUACCUGUUCGACCAGCUGAAGGACGGUUGGUUUCAGUUCAAUGGCCAAAGUUGGGAUAGAAUUGAGAGCCCGCCUCGCCCAAAGGGCAUCUGGGCUGGAAUAGGCUCGCGUGAUCUCCAACCAAACGGUAGAGCUGCGAUUAGGAAGUUGAUGGGUUGUCCGACAGAUGAGACCUGA